GGUGAUUUUAACUUCCAUUGUUAAUUGAACAAUUAAGGUUCUCGUCCUUACCCCUUCUAUUAUUAUUAUUUGUCCUUAUACAUAAUCCUUACUCUAAAGGCAUUUCGAACGAUGCCAAUUAUUCUCGGUUAUUACGUGCUCCUAAUCUCUUGAAUAAUACGCUUACAUUCCAUUGCAAUUGAGAACGUUAAUUGCAUCUUUUCUGUUUAUGCAUAAUGGAAUCUGCCACCAAGAAAAAACUCCCAUUCAAGCGCACGGCUCGGCGCAAAUCGAUCGAAGUGCCCAAUGACGAUGGCCUUUCUCUUUUCAGUAGGUCUGGUGAUUUCUUUGAGGAACAUCAGAGAUUAUUGAACGAAAAAGCCGAAAAGGAGAAAGCUGAGAAGGAAAAGGCUGAGAAGGCUCGGGAGGCUAAGGAAGCAAAGGAGGCGAAAGCAAAACAUCAGCGCAAAGAGCGAUUAGUACGAGAGUCUGAAGUCGAACAUAUCGAUCUACUAGAUGAAAAGCCUAUCCGUGAACCAGGAUCUGCGAAGAAGCGACGACGCAUUUCGAUCGCCUGCAAAGACGAGGAUGAAGAUGCCCCCGAUCGUGAAUAUAAGCCUCCUAAAAAGCAAAGAUCGCCUUCUCUGCCACUCACACCCACUUCAAAACGUAGAAGUUCCUUUGCAAGCCCGCACGCAGGAGGUCGAUUCACACGCUCCCACGCACGUACCUCCUUGAUCUCGUUAAAAGACGAGGACGAUGAUCCCUUUGCACCGAAAUCUCCACUUGAGAGUCCCUCAAUUAAGCCUAAAAGUGUAAACAAACCCAUUAAACUAGAGUCAAAGCCAGAUAUAAUUGCUCUAGACGACGAUAGCGAUCCUCAAGAUGACACGGUAGAAGGGCCAAAGGAGGACGAGGACGAAGAUCCUUCGGAGUACUACAUUAGACUUGCGAGGGAACGAGCGCAAAAAGAAAAGGCGGAACGUGAAGCCAGAGAAAAACGAGGAGAUAGUGCAGCUUUUGAUGAAGAGGAUCCCAUCAUACAGAUUCUUAUCCAUUCACAUAUGCGUGGCAUCAACCCUCUGAUGUUUCGGCGUAGACUAUCUCAAAAGCUCAAUGUGGUUUAUCAGACUUGGAUUGAGCAGCAAAUAGUCAAGAGGAGCAAUGUGCCCCGCCUGGUUCUCGAGUCUAUGUUCUUCACGUGGAAAGGCAAUAAGGUGUAUCCACAUACGACGCUGAAGACAUUAGGCAUCAAACCGGAGAGAGACGGGGGGCUAUACCCAGAUUGGAAGCCGGACCAGGAAGGGUAUCAGGGACGGGAUAAAGUGUACUUUGAGGCAUGGACACAGCAGCUGUACGACGAAUACCUAGAAGAAAAAGAGAAGCAACGAUUGCAACACCUCAACGAAUUGGAGGGGGUAUAUGAGGGAAGUCAAGAACCAGAGCCUCCACAAACCUCGCAAGAUGAGAAGAAGAUUCGUGUCCACUUCAAGGCGAAGGACCGACCCCCUACGAAGGUGACGGUUCGCUCGAGCACUACGGCCGCUCAACUUGUAAAAGCAUAUCGGCGACUCGCGAGUAUUCCGGAAGAUAAGACCAUUGAGCUUCAUUGGGAUGGCGAGGUGCUGGAGGACGAAACGACCGUGGAGGAGGCAGAUAUUGAAGAUAUGGACUCGUUAGAAGUUCAUAUCAAGUAAGGGAUAUCAUCGAGCUUUUUUUUAGGGUAACAGGGGCCAGCGUUUGUAUUACAGGAAAAAUGUUAAGUCAUCACUAGGAGUAUGUCGGAAAAUGGAGGAAAAGAGGGAAAACAUGCCGGGUGAUCAAGGGACGAGUGUCAUCCAUAGAUGUGACGUCCCAU